UCAAAAUAUAUAAAUAUAUAAUUUGAUAGAAAAUGACGCAGCCAGCGCUGGAGGGAAAUAUCUUUACGCUAAGUGAAAGAAAUGAUUAUGAUAAAGAAAAAGCCGAGCGCCUUUUAAAAUCGCAUUGGUUAAGCGACUAUGCACUCGACAUUUUUAAGACAAUGAAGGAGUCGGAGUUGCGUCGUCGUCCUUUGAAUUUUUGGUCAACUCAACUCAAUCAGAGGCCAAAACUUAUCCAGCUCUGUCAGUUAAUUGCGCGCACAUACAAACUCAGUCGAUGUGCUUUGCAUUUGUCAAUUUACUAUCUGGAUCGGUUUAAUGACUUCUACACAAUACGGCCGGACAAACUGCAGCUGGUCGCGCUCACCUGUCUGCACGUUGCGGGUCAGAUUGAGAAUACGGAUGCCUUUGUGCCACGCUACAGUCAAAUGAAUUGUUUGAUCCGGGAUUGUUAUACUCCCUUUGAGUACAAGGCUGUGGAGCGCAAGGUUCUUACAUUCUUUCAGUUUGAACUGAUACGACCCACAACAGCCAGCUUUGUGGAGAUGUUAGCGUGCCGUUUUCUUACCCAAGAGGACUUUGUGGCUUAUAACCAGAAACUGAAUGAUAGUCCCGAACUUGCAGAUACUUAUCCCCGUUUCAAUUGUUUUGAAAAAAUGGUGGCGACGCUGGCGCAGCUCCUGCUACGUAUGGCUGACUACACCUUGAAUGUUCACAGAUUCACGAACGAGCGACCUUCAUUGCUGGCCGCCAGUUGCAUUGCUGCUGUGCGUCAGGUGAGCGGCGUACCUAAAAUCUGGACACAGUACCUAACAGAACUCACAUCCUACACUGAGCAUAUGGUUGAGCCAUUUGUGGAUGUUAUUAUACUAUAUCACUACUAUCAGACCGCAGCUGAUGUGAAUGAGCAAAAUCAGUCGGAGAAUACCUGGCAAAGUCCGGACUCUGGUUUCGAAGAGCAAUUGUCUACACCACAGGUGGACGUUGUUUCUCUAGAGGUCGAAACAUUCAACAUUAUAACUGUGCAGUUGCCAAAACCUUGUAAACAGCCUCCAGCACUUAAACGAAAUCGCGUUAUUAUAUGCGAAGCGCCGGAUUCUAAGCGUUUAAAGAUGGACAACGACCCUAUGACCUAACAUAUAUUUCUUUAUUUCCAAUAGCUUUUGAAAAGCUUGUAAUUUAAUUGUAUUUUUUAGUUCUAAUCCUUUGCAUAGCUACGCAUUUGUAGAUCAAGAAAUGUUUACUAUGAAUGAUGAAAAGUGAUUACUUAAGUUGAAUUUAAGUUUAUAUUUCUUAUGUUCAUAUAAAACUUUUUCGUUAUAACCAAUUUAUAGGCUAUAUAAAUUGAUUUAUAUAUGAAAUCCCGGAUUAUUGUGUGACAAAACCAUCUGUAAAAGAAUUAUAAACAGAGUAAAUAAAAAUACAGUUUUCUUUUUGUUUUCCAUGAGAA